CCUCGUUAGUGCUCUUCUCGACUUCAGUUGUGUCCCCGAUUUUUUUCGGGAAACCCCCUCCAGUUUUGUUAAACUACAUUCGGGGCCUUAAAUUGCCCCAGAUGGAAAUCAGUCUGGUGUGGUGGAUCGAUCUGUUUGUCCGCCUCGUCUACACCUCGGCCGGCCUCCGCCGCCAUACCGUCUCCAUCGACGCCGAAACCACCAUACGCUGCUGGAUCUCCUCGUCCCUCCUCCCCUCCUCCUCCGCCGCCGGAGCCCGAUCGAAGAAGAAGCCCCCGCUCGUCCUUGUCCAUGGCUUCGGCCCGCGCGGCGCGUGGCAGUGGCGCAGCCAGAUCAGACCCCUGGCCGCCCACUUCGACCUCGUCGUGCCGGACCUUAUAUUCUUCGGUGGCUCCACCACGAGCUCCACCCGCAGGUCGGAGGCGUUUCAGGCCGCCUCCGUUGUCGGUCUCCUCGACGCCCUGGGCGUCGCCCCACCGCGGCGCGCCAAGGUUUCGUUGAUGGGAACCAGCUACGGGGGUUUCGUGGUGUACCACAUGGCGCGGAUGAUGGGGCCGGAGCGGGUGGAUCGGGUGGUGAUCGCCAGCUCCGACCUGCUCAAUGGGCCCGACGACAGCCGGGCGUUUCUGGAGAGGGCCGGUGGACUAGAAAGCGUCGACCAGGUGCUCCUCCCUCGGACCACCGCCGACUUGAAGAGGCUUUUACAGCUCGCCGUAUUCCUUCCUCCGCGGUUCGUGCCGGAAUUCCUCCUCCGAGAUGUGCUUCGGAAUCUGUUUAGCGAUAAGAUUGCGGAAAAGCUAGAGCUGAUCAAGGGUAUCAGCAUCAGCCACAAAGAUGAAUUCCAACUAACUCCUCUUCCCCAGCAAGUUCUCAUCAUCUGGGGCGAGCAUGAUCAAAUAUUUCUUGUGGAUAAAGCCUUUGAAAUGCAAAAGCACUUGGGAGAGAAUGCAAGGUUAGAAGUAUUGGGGAAGACAGGGCACACGCCACAAGCGGAGGACCCCAAGAAGUUUAACAAAAUUAUCCUCAACUUCUUAUUGGGUGGUCCAAAGUCUUCAUUCUGACGCCCUUUCGUGUGGUGUCGUGGUGCCUGCGUACCUACACCGUCCGCUUGUUGUAGAUUUAAUUCUCUACUUCACAGGGAAUAAAGACAAACGUAGCCGUGCCCAUCGGUCUUUUAUUUUUUAGGUGAUUUUGAACGGGAAUAAGAAGUAAGCAUGGAUUUGGUCUUGGUAAGGAUUGAAUGGAAAUGGUAAUUAGAUUUGUAGUCGUGUAAUUCUCAAUUGCGUCCAACAUAUGAACAAAGCUGAAGUUUUGUGAAGUAUUAAUUAUUAUUAUUUUUAAUAAUUCAUGUAUGCAAGCUUACUCUUUUGUUCUAGCUUGUCUAUUAAAUAAAUAUGGAGCACAAUUUAGAUCUUUAA